AUGUUUCACCCAUAUACUUUCCCCCAUACUAUUCUCUUAUCUACUACUACUAUGAGAAGAAGAAUCACUCUAAUCCACUCCAACGCAGAUGAAGUCUCGGUAAAAGAUAUCACAUCGUCUAGCUUGGUCUUUGAUGCAGGCGUCAACGGCGCCGUGGAGGAAAAAUACUCGUGGUCGUCGACUUCUGGCUCUUAUAUCUCUCAACUUCGAGUCCAAAUCAAUAGGGCCCACGAACUCGACCAUAAACUACACAAUUGGUCCGUGCCUUUUGCAUACUCGUAUCAGUAUGGGCUCCAUGUAUAUGCUCAGCCAAAUUCAGCCGGAAUUGAGCAUCAGAAGCUGUUUUAUGAUGACGUUAAUGUAAUUCUAAAAGACCUUUUGGGGAUGGCCGUGCAACCUGGAAAUUGGAUCCAGUCGCUCAAUUCGUUGUACUAUCAUAGCUCCGAGAUCCCGGCUCUCUCCAAUUUGCCUUCUCACUCUGUUGUGGCAGAUCUGUGGACGUCGUUGGACUACGUACAAACCUCCGACUCCACCACCCUCAAAUUGUUCAAUCCCAAUACAACAUUCACCUCGUACGAUGUUUCUGACAUCCUGGAGUAUGCGGAGGUGGGUGUAUUUACUGUAGAAGCUCAUUCUUCCCGGGAUGAAGUCAUUCUUUCCGGCGUGAGAGUGAUACUCAAUGAGAACAAUGAGAGUAGCGACCCUAAAAUCCAGCGUACGGUCUUCCACACAAAACCUCGCCAUAGAUACCUCUCUGCGCCAAGCGCCAACAUUCUGAUCGAUCCCAAGGGUCUACACCCUGUGUUGUCUAUCUCACUGAUUCCACAAGCGCCCGCUGACCACGACAUCGAUACUUGCAAGUUGUUCGCCUACUUGACACUCAACAAAUCUGUAUUCUUUGACAAGUACCAGAUCCCAGAGAACGUCACCAUUUUGGCCCAACACGGCACCAAAGACCUCGAGUUACCAGCUUAUUCGCUCGAAGAAUGGGGAACAGAGCUUCUUUUGGAGCUUGACAGCGCUUCAGACCUAGACUUGACACUACACUCGCGGUACCAGCUUCCAAACAAGUCUGCCUCGAAUGUCACAGAGACAAUAGACAAAGCAGUUUUGUUUUACGCAUGCGAUGCGAUUAGCGACAGCCACAUCAUAAGCCAGUCGGCCUUUGACAACAAACAGAACAUCGGCGGCUCUUUUGAGGGCUUUUUCACCGAUGACUGUGUGUUCUAUCACUUGUCGGAUAGAGGAACGUUGCCUGUAGAGAUUCCAACGUUGGAGGGAAGUGCGACCAUGAUCAAUUUGGCCACCACGGCGGCUCUUAUAUUUGGUAUCUUCAUCGUACUUUCCUCAGUAUUCACCAGAUUCCAGCGUAAAAAGGAGAAGACAGAGUAG